AUGGUAGCUUUCGCCGAGAGCUUUACUGAAGUAGGCGCGUUGAUGGGGUGCGCCAACACCACUGGAUAUCAAGCCGUGCCUCGAUCGGGCCGCCACCAUUUCGAAGGCUGGUCCGCGUUGAACGGCUCCCUGGUCAUUGACGUUUCGUCGCUCAGUUAUGUCAAAGUGUCCAGCGACCUCAGUACUGCCACGAUCGGAGCUGGCACGAACCUCGGUCAAAUAUACACUGAAUUGAGCGUGGUGAACAAGACUUUCCUCGGCGGCAUCUGCCCCACGGUCGCUCUGGGAGGAUAUCUGGGCAUCGGAGGGUACAGUCUGCAGCACCGGGACCUUGGGAUCGCAGUCGACCAAGUUCUGUCCUUCAAGGCGAUCUUGGCCAGUGGAGAGCUUGUCACGGUGUCCCCCACCUCGCAUCCCGACUUGUGGUUUGCUGCCCGAGGAGGCGGAGUCUAUGCCAUCAUCGUCGAAGCCACAGUCAAGAUCCUCACUUUGCCGCGUUCUGCCAUGGUUGUGGGCUUCUAUAACAACACGCAGACCCGGUAUGAAGUCGCCAGGAAGUGGCUUGACUGGGCUCCGACGGCGCCAAGGGAGCUUACCACCCAGCUGAAUGUGUACAGUAACAGGACUCAUUUAAUCGGUUGGUACUUGGGUGGUACAGUCGAGCAGCUGCGAACCGCCCUGAACGAAUCCGGUCUCCUAGAUAUCCAGGACGGUGUCGUCGCCAUCGACGGGGAUUGCAGCACGGCGAACUCGCGCAUGUAUUGGCAGGAUCCUCAAACCAGGUGUACCGACGAUGCGACAGCGUAUCAGGCUUUCCUCAAAGUUUACAACACCGAGUCCAUCAACCUCGCGCCGAUUCCGAAUCAGCCAGUCUUCCGUUUGGACAACACACCGGCGCUUCCUUCCGAGCCGGUCGCCGUGCCCUGGCCCAGAUUCGGCGUCAUCAGCAAGACAUACUUCACCCUGAAGAGCCGGCCCAUCUCGAAUGACACGCUGAGAGAGCUCAUCAACCGAUCUGGCGCCCUGAGCGACGACGCCGGCUUCUGGGGGGAGUGGACUAGCUUCGGCGUCGCCAAUCCCACUACCACAUCCUCAUUCCCCUGGUUGGGCGAAGCCCAAACGUUGAUGAGAAUGGAGAUGAGUUCUCCGGAGAAUAUCACGCUGUACAACCAAAACCGUGCGUGGUUGUUGGAUUUCGAGAAGUUCUUCCGUCCCAGAGUAGGCAACGCCAGCUAUGCUGGGUAUGUCGAUAUCGACAUCACGGUCAACCCCUUGACCGCGUUUUAUGGCAACAACACCUGUCGUCUGAUUGAUAUCAAGCAAAAAUAUGACCCCAACAACUUUUUCCGUAAUCCCUUCUCCGUCCCAACCAAAGUUCCGAAGGGAUUGAGCUGCUGA